CACAAAGAUGGCUGCCAGCGACGGGAGGGAAGCUGGUCAGGACAGUAUCCUGGAGCCUCUGUGUUUCCCGGAGACAGACCCCCUGGACGCCCGGCAGCUUCUCCCCUUGGAGCCGCUGCCUUGUCUCUUCUGCUCCGAGACCGCCCCCCCGCCGCAGAAGGACCUGCUGCUCAAACACCUGCUGCUGCAGCACAAGCUCGUCAUCGCCGACGUCAAACUCAUCGCCGACCUCCCGGGGUACCUGUUCUACUGGAAAGGCCGAUUCCUGGAGCAGCCGACCACAGACUUCUGCAGCGUCAUCAAAACAAACUCCACCGGUCCAGUCGAGAAACAAGAGAACUACUUCCUGCUGUGUGACGUUCUUCCAGAAGACCGACUCCUCCGAGAGAGGCUCCAACAGAGAAGACUGGAGGAGGUGCUGGAGCAGCAGCAGCAGGAGAGAGACGACGGCAGCUUCCAGCGUCUCUGCAUGUUCUGCAGCGACGAGUUCUCUGGAAACAGGUCAUCUCUGCUGAACCACAUGGCCCGAGAACAUUCCUUCAGCAUCGGACUCCCGGACAACAUCGUGUUCUGCAACGAGUUCCUGGACAAGCUGCAGAGCAAACUGGACAAUCUGCAGUGUUUGUACUGUGAGAAGACGUUCAGAGAUAAAACCACAUUGAAAGAUCACAUGAGGAAGAAAGCUCAUCGUCGCAUCAACGCCAGCAACAGCGAGUACGACCGCUUCUACAUCAUCAACUACCUGGAGCUGGGGAAGACGUGGGAGGAGGUGCAGAGCGAGGACGACCGCGAGCUGGUCGACAACGACGACGACGAUGAUUGGUCGGACUGGCAGGCCCAUCCUCCCUCGGCUGUGUGUCUGUUCUGUGAUUAUCAGUCGGAGACGAUGGAGCAGAUCUACACACACAUGAAGGACGUUCACGACUUCGAUCUUCAGAAGCUGAGGACAGAACUCAACCUCAGGUUCUACCAGCAGGUCAAACUGGUGAACUUCAUCCGGAGGCAGAUCCACCAGAGCCGCUGCUACGGCUGCGAGGGGAAGUUCCUCUCCAGAGCCGACGUGCUGCGCCACAUCGCGGCUGCAGGUCACGUGAUGACGCUGCCGGACGUGUCCACCUGGGACCAGCCGCAGUAUUACUUCCCCACGUAUGAGAACGACGCCCUCUUGUGUACGUUAUCUGACAGUGACGACGCUGAAAGUGAUGAGACCAAUCCCGGCGAGGACGUCCCGGUGAUCGCAGAGGACGUGUCCGACCUCAGAGCCCUGAGACAGACCAGCGUCCUCAACCAGCUGCUGAAGAAAAGAAGCUAGGGGACGAGGGACAGACAGCGGAGAGAAGACGUCUUCCUCCUUUUCUUCUGGACACUUCUUCACUCGCACUUUGUGAAAAGCCAAACGGACCCGACGCAGCAUGAACGUGCACUUUAAGACUUUACUAACCACAAAUUAAUAUUCAGUCAAUAAAGAGGAUGAUCGUCAUAAGGAUUGAUAAGUAACUUUAUUACUUUCAGUACAAAUAGUUUCCAUUGUGAAGUCUGAGACCAGUGGAACCAGUAAGUUCGUCUGUUUACAAACGUAAAUCCAGAACCAAACUAAAGGAGAUGAAUAUGAUUCUGUGUAAUAAACAGUGAGGUUGAA